AUGUUAUCCUUGAUUGGCGAUUCGUACAUUCCAGCGCUACGCCGGCUCCUGUCGAUGGAAAAAAAGUUUGCCGAAAAUGAAGAUCUUCGUCAGGAAUAUUGUAACUUCAUGGACGAGUAUCACAGGUUAGGUCACAUGGAGGUGAUUUCGCGCGCGUCGUGUAGCCUUCAGUUCUUCCUACUCUACCAUGCCAUCCACUGUCCAGACAGUACAACUACGAAGAUUAGAGUGGUAUUCGAUGGAUCCUGUCGAGGUUCGACCCAGCUAUCGCUCAACGACGUUUUAUUUUCUGCUCCCACCGUGCAGCCAACUCUAUACUCAACUGUCGUUAACUUUCGGUUGCCACGCUACGCCAUUACUGCUGAUGUGGAGAAAAUGUUUAGGCAGAUCUGGGUCAAUCCGCAAGACCGCCGUUAUCAACAAAUUCUAUGGAGAAAAGAUACGUCAGAAGAAAUCCAUACCUAUCAGUUGAAGACCGUUACUUAUGGUCUCGCCUGUUCACCGUAUCAUGCUACGCGAAUCCUGAACCAGUUGGCCACCGAUGAAGGAGAACGCUUCCCACUUGCAGUCCCGAUCAUUCGGAAAGGGACUUAUGUCGACGAUGUGCUCUCAGGGCAUGAUGACCAUCAUGUACUUAGCAAUGCGUGUCAACAACUAAUGGAGAUGCUGAAAUCAGCCGGUUUCGUGCUCAGGAAGUGGGCAUCCAAUGACCCAUCCGUACUCUCAAGUAUUCCACCGGAAUUGUGGGAAUCGGCUCCCGAAUUGGAAAUCGAUCGUUCAGCUGCGGUAAAAACAUUAGGCCUAUUGUGGUUCUCUAAGUCGGAUACUUUCAAAUUCAAAAUACCAGUAAUGCAAGAACUGGAUGUAGUCACCAAAAGAGUUGUCGUCUCCAAAAUGGCCAGUCUUUUCGAUCACCUUGGUCUUCUCGGACCUGUAGUAGUGAAUGCAAAAAUGUUCGUACAAACACUCUGGGCGGAAACGUUGACGUGGGAUGAGGAGCUGUCAGAGCAACACAGUGUUUGGUGGACGAACUACCGCUCAGAUGUACACCUACUUCGUUCACUAGAAAUUCCACGUAGGGUAAUAUUCAACGCCAGCCGUGAAUAUAGUUUACACUGCUUUUGCAACGCGUCCAAGCGAGGUUACGGAUGCUGCAUCUACGUUGUUUCACCAGAUGUGACUGGAAGGCUUCACUCCCGAUUACUUACUUCCAAAGCUCGUGUCGCUCCACUUCGAGGACAGAGCAUUCCUAGACUGGAACUUUGCGCCGCGCUCUUAGGAAGUCAACUGAUCGACCAUCUUCGCAGAACAAUCGAGUAUUCGAAUUCAGUCACAUACUGGACUGAUUCUAUGAUCGUGUUUCACUGGAUCAAGUCGUCAUCCAACACCUGGAAGGUUUUCGUCUCAAAUCGUGUGGCGGAAAUUCAACGUUUGACCAAAGCAUCGCAGUGGAGGCACGUUCCCACCGAAUUAAAUCCUGCCGAUCGAAUUUCUCGUGGUGCCUUAGCAAGUCAACUUGUUGAAGACAAAUUAUGGUGGCAUGGACCGAGCUACGUCACUACUCCUGUAGAGCAAUGGUCACCAUCUAUUAUUUCUCAGCCCUCUACACAGACAAUCCAAGACGAAUCGCACGUCGUCGUUGCCCUUCUCGUCAGCCAGGUUGACUCAUCGUUGUUCGACAGGUACUCUGAUCUCGCUAAAUUGAUCAAGACGGUUUCAUUUUGCUAUCGCUUCUACAACAACUGCAAGUUGCCGAAGAAAGAUCGGAUCACAGGGCCUUUAACGCCUAACAAUUGUCAGUUCACUUUGAAAAUUCUUGUUCGUUUAGCACAGGCAACCGCUUUUCCAACCGAAGUACGGCUAUAUCAAGAACGUCGAGGGAGCCCAGUUAAUUCGAAGGAACUAGGCUCGAAAUCACAGCUAAAAUCUAUAACCUGUCUAGUGGACUCAUUUGGAUUGUUCCGGCUUGAUGGACGAAUAAAAUAUAAAACUGCACCGUACAACACUCUUUGUCCAAUGAUAUUACCAGCGGAUCACAAACUUAGCUGGUUGAUUGCUAGUUCAUUGCACAUCCAAACUCUUUACUCUGGACCAACUCUUCCACUGGCAACUAUUCGACAACGCUUCUGGCCGCUCCGGGGUCAACGUCUCGCUCGCCAGGUUGUUGGUAGAUGCAUAACAUGUUGUCGGAGCAAUCCGCGGCCAACAUUCCAGCAAACGGCACCCCUUCCAUAA